CAUUUUCAUAUUGGUCCAGCCAGUCGCAUGUCGGGGUACCAGGCCGCGCCGACGCCAGGACACAAGCUCACACUCUUUACGGGUCUCGACCAGUUGCAACACCAGCAGAGUCCGCCAGAAGCCUUAUCCUUUGGCACGACCGCGUCCUCCAUGUACAACCGCAAGGCAGACACGAUUCGACCCCCGCUCGACGACCUCGUCGACAUUCGCGCCAAGCUCAACGCACGCGCCAAGCACCUCUUGAGCGAGUGGCCGUCGACAGCGCUCUGUGGCAACGACAUCAUGUCCAGUGUCCUCUACUCGGCCGGUCUCGUUGCGUUGAAGGCCGGGAACCUCGCGCCAGUUUGCAUGGUCAUGGUGUCCUUUGUGCUCUACAUGUACCGCUUCAUCUACGAAGAGGUCGUGACGGCCAUCCCGAUCAACGGUGGUUCGUACAACUGCCUUUUGAACACGACGUCCAAGCGGUUUGCGUCGGUGGCGGCCGUGCUGAGCAUCCUUUCGUACACGGCGACGGCCGUCGUUUCAGGGACAUCCGCUUGCUACUACCUUCAGUUUGUCGUGCCCGAGCUGCCGGUCGUUAGCACCACCGUGGGCCUUCUCGGCGCGUUUGCCCUACUUUUCUUCCUCGGUCUCUCCGAGUCGGCGGUCGUUGCGCUCGUCAUCUUUGUCUUCCACAUCAUUACGCUUUCAAUCCUUGCAGUCGCGAGCUUGGUCUACACGAUCCAACACCCAACGAUUCUGACGGAGAAUUGGAACGCGCCGUACCCGCAGGUCGACUUUGUCGGCUCGGUCGUUGACGGCACCGUCGGGACGGCACUCUUUUUUGGCUUUGCGGCGUCGAUGCUCGGUGUGACUGGCUACGAGACGUCGGCCAACUUUGUCGAGCACCAGCAACCCGGCAUCUUUCGCAAGACGAUGCGCAACAUGUGGGUGUUCUCGUCGAUCUUCAACAUUGUGCUCUCGAUCCUCUCGAUGGGCGUGCUGCCGCUCUACGGCCCGAACGGCCUUAUCCACAACGCCAACACGGCACUCGCCAACAUGGGUUUGGUCGCGGGCGGCGAAUGGCUCAAGUGGCUCGUGUGCGUCGAUGCAUUUUGCGUGCUUUCCGGUGCGGUGUUGACCGCGUACGUCGGUGGGAACGGCCUCCUCCGCCGCCUCAGCACCGACCGCGUGCUUCCUCGGUUUCUCUCGCGCAAGAAUGCGUGGCGCGGCACGACGCACUGGAUCAUUCUGAGCUUCUUCUUUCUCACAUCGUCGCUCGUGUGGCUACUUGACGGCGACAACGUCAUCCUCGGUGGCGUCUACACCUACUCGUUCCUGUCCAUGAUGUUUCUCUUUGCGGUCGGCUGCAUGGUGCUCAAGGUCAAGCGCCAGCACAUUCCGCGGGAUGUCCGCGCGCCGUGGUGGGUCUGCCUCGGCGGUGCGCUGUGCAUUUUUGUCGGCUACCUCGGCAUUGUGCUCGGGGACCCGUCCGUGCUCGCCUACUUUUUCUACUACGUCCUCGGUAUCGCGCUCGUUGUGUUUACGAUGCUCGGGCGCGUCGCGAUUCUGCGCUGUUGUGUGUUUUUGGUCAAUGUUGUCACCGAUACCGGCGCCAAACCGACCGACACCGACGACGUCGCGAUGCUCACCGUGUACCACAACCGGCAGCACCACGUCCUUGGGGACCACGGCGACGACGACGAUGACAAUGAAGAUUUCGAGCGCGAGACGCACGCGUGCGCGACCGCGCUCAUUCGCACGAUCAAGCGGGUGAAGGCCCAAGAGUACUUUUUCUUCAUCAAGACGCCGGACCUCAAGCUCAUGAACAAGGUGACGCUGUAUGUGCGUGAGAACGAGCUCACGAGCCGGCUUCGGUUCGUGUUUGUGUAUCCCGAGCCGACCGAGGACGCGCUCCGGACGAUUGCGACGCUGAAGGAGCGCGUUGAAGUGAUUGACAACUUGUACACAAAGAUCAAGAUGGACGUGCUCACGGUCCGCGGUUGGUUUGAACCGGCGGUCAUUGUCUGGCUCAGCAAAGAAUUCAACUUGCCGCCCAACAUGAUGUUUAUCAAGCAGCCUACGAAUAGCAUCUCGCACAAGGUCGUGCGGCGUGGCGUGCGCGUCAUCACGGGCUAGUCGUUUAAUAGUUGGUCAAGUAGUACGUGUAUUCUAUUUUGUUCAACCUUGUCGACCUUUGCAUAGUCAAUGUGGUAUAAUGACAUACCUCGCAUCGACUACGUUUGCGGUGUCAAACCCAACGCACCGGAGAGUUGCAGCCAAAAGGGGGGUUUGUUGGUUGGUUGCCGCCUGUAUGACUCCUCACUUCGCCAACAUUUGCCACUCGGCGUAUGGGUUUUGCACGAGCCAUCUCAAGGGAUUAACUCUUGGCGAUGACGUUUCCCCGACACACUCGACCAGUGAGAGCC